CUCGGUAAUUUAGAUCACUUAUAAAUGCUUCACAAUUAACGCUAAAGGCCCGAACUUGUCUAGAAGCGUGUAGAUCGAUCGAACCUGCCGACUGAGCCGACUAGUCGCCCGAGUCGAAUGAGUGUCAGCAAGCGGUGGUAAUUUCUGUAUGGUUAAAGUGCUGUCCUAAACUAACCUUUAAUGGAACCAAAAAAACCGGCAAAAAAUGUCUCGAAAUGUGUAAAAAGUAUCUGUCCAUCGGCAGAGGAACUUAGCGUGAUUACGAAUAAUGUUAAAUGCGACAAAUGUGGACUCAUAUUUCAGAACGAGCCGCGAUAUCGUUUACAUGAUCUAAAAGUACAUCAGCGUAAAAAUUUAGACAAAGCGAUAAAAGAAAAUGUACAGUUUCACUGCCCUAUCAAGUCUUGCAUUUACGCGCCAAAAGCUGAAAGACAUUUUAGUAGUAUGAAGUAUCUUAAGCAGCACUACCUCAAAGUACAUGCAAAAAAAACUUAUGCGUGUAAUCGUUGUAAAAAAAGUUUUUCUACGGAAGCUGCUAAAGAGGGUCACGCUAGAGUAUGUGGAAUUGAAUUUACAUGUUCUUGUUUAAAGAUUUACUCUUCUUACGAAGCAUUGCUUACGCAUGCAAAACGAUCCUUGCAUACUAUAAAUGACAAAUACAAAAGUUCUUUCGGCAGACGUGCCAAUUCCAAAGCAUUGCGAUUGAUUUUACCAUCUAGCCACGCAGAGACAAAUAAACUAAUCGCGAUACUGCCGACGAAUCAAAGCGAAAGUAAAAUAUCCAAUUGUAAUGGUAGCUAUGAGCAAAAAAUUACUUCCGAUAUUGGUGUGCAAACGGACGAAAACAAGAGAAACAAGAGAAUAUCGGGUCAAUUAAAACAUAUUAAUAAUGGUUAUUAUUACAAUGGAAAACGUGGAAUAUCAAAACAGACGCAAACAAAUAUUUCUCAAAGAAUUAAACAAAAUGUUAUGUCCAUGGAAACGCAGACCACGGAUGCUUUCCAUGCGAUAAAAAGUUCACGCAAGAUUCGAAAACCUCGAAAAAAUUCUGUAUCGCAAAAUUCGGAUUAUACGUUACUGAAAGAAGACUUGAAUCUUGGCAAUUUCACAUCCUCAAAUUUAUUCCCUAACAGUCCAUUACCGCUUAGUCACGAUGUUGGUUUACAAGAUUUUUGGGAAGAAAAGAGUACGUCGGGCACUCAAACGAUACCUGAAAAAGAUAUGUUCGAAGCUCUAAAUGAUAAUGUUACUCAAACAGAAUUUGAAACAUUUUAUGAUCAUAGUACCAAUCCAUUGAUACAAUGCGUUCCAAAAAGUACAGUCGCUCUCAUGACUUUACCUUAUGUCGAAGAAACAGCAACAACUGUCGGAGGAUAUUCCUUUGUGCCAUCUAAUAGUAUAUCAAGAUCAGAUCCUAUGCUUACGGAUAAAACUUUCGAUGAUAAAUUUAGCAGUAUAGAGACUCAGACGGAACAAGCUUAUUCUCAAUCAUUUUUCGAUUCCGAUACUUUAACAAGAUCGUUUGCUUUGAGUUCUAAUAUUGAAACGCAAACUACCAACAAUCUUGAUAACAUGGAACAACUAUUAUAUAGUAAUACGUGCACGCAAACUUGUAACGAUAUAAUACCGUCCGACUUAGGAUUAUCUAAUAUUCAAACACAAACAGCAUGGACCGAACUCGAGGACACUACCGUUUCUACCGAAACGCAAACAAAAUCCUUAAUAUGCGAAACUGGAUGCAACAUUUCGAUAGGUGUAUGUCGUUCCUGGCUAAGUACUCAAACUAGUCACACUGAAACACAAACAGACUUGCUUAGUAUUUUUGAAGGUCUUCAAUAAUCAACUAUUUCAUUUUUAUGCACUAUACAGCGAUAUAAUCACCAAUAUUUAGAAUGCAUAUUUCAAGUAUAAACUCAAAAUAAUUUUCUUUCUAUUAUAGAUUGAUUACUUUUUUUUAUCUUAUUUAGUACUUUGCUAUUUCAUAUACGUUUUACAAACUGAUGAUGUACAUUCCUGUGUACGUGCAAAUCUUUUAAUUAAAUAUUCCAGACUAUUUUCCAGAAAAUAGUUCAUUUAAAACCUUC